ACAAAUUUUCAGCUUUAAUUUAAUGCUUUUUGCUAUGCAAGCGAUUAUUUAAUGAAUAUAAGCCUAAAUAUUGUAAAACUACACCAUGCCACGUCUUGUAAACUACAAAGUUAAAUGUUAACACAAAAUCGAUGUAAUCUGUUGAACAUGAGUUCGGUCAAGAAGAUUGAUAAUGCCAAAAAAACUACAAAAAGAAAAAAGUUGGUGUACAAGUGUAAUUUGUGUCCAAAGAGAUUCGGCGACAAGAGGGCAUUAGAUAGCCACGGCUACUCCCACACCGAUGAGACUCCGUUCCAGUGCACACUGUGUGAUUAUUCGGGCAAGACGAAGAAGUACCUCAGUCGCCAUAUCAGGGCGCGGCACAUAGGAGACAGAAAAGUCGGGUGUGAGGUGUGUGGAAAGUCCUUCCAAUUCGAGUCCAAGCUGAAGCACCAUAUGCUGGUACAUACUGGCGAGAAACCAUACAAAUGCGAUAUAUGCGAGAAGGCAUUCAAUUCCUCCUACUCUCUCAACACGCACAAACUCAUACAUACAAAUUCGAAACCCUUCAAAUGCACGUUCUGCCCGUACGCCUGCCGCGACUCGUCGACGCUGCGGAAACACAAGGAGAGACACAUGGGCAAAAUCAAGUGCUACACAUGCAGCGUGUGCAAUUUGAGCUGCUCAACGAGGGCCUCAUUAAAAGUUCACAUAGCGGAGAAGCAUUUCAACAUCGACAUGAAGAGGAUGGAGUGUGACGCGUGCGGCCAACGAUUUAAACACAGGCAGACGCUGGUUAAUCAUAUUCAAACCGUCCACGACAAGUCCAGAUCGGCCAAAUGUGACAUAUGCGGCAAAACGCUCAGCAACAGAGGUAACAUGCGCUCGCAUAUGCGGACCCACGUCGACCAGAGACCCUACAAGUGCACGUUCAGGGGAUGCGGGUGGAGGUUUAAAGAUGCUAGCGGUCGCAGCAAGCACGAAAUUAAACACUACCCGGAAAGACAGUUCCAGUGCAAGAUAUGCGACAAGCUGUUUACCAGGGAAUAUCGCAUGCAUACACAUCUGAACACGCAUAUGGCUAAGGUUAAGAAGGUGGAGUGUGACUAUUGUGGGGUCCGUUUCUACAACAAAAACUACCUAACCACCCAUAUACAACGUAAGCACGGCAGAAAGAGACAGAAGUACGUGUGCGACCUCUGCGGGUUGGUGACUACCAACAAGCCUAGUAUAGUCAUGCACAUCAAAUACGGACACGACACUGACAAACUUAAGGAGAUAAUAUGCAACAUAUGUGAGAGGACAUUCAAGAGCGAUUUCAACUUGAAACUACAUUAUUGGAGAAUACAUCAAAUGGAAUACAUGAUUCCACGCAAAUUCAAAAGGUAUUUUCAUUCAUUCAUUCAUUCCAGAAAAUGUAGGAAAAAGGAGUCUGCAGUAGAAGUUAAGGAGGAGCCAAUAGACAAUGUGUACGAGGGUGGUAACUAUUUCACAGUCACCCCCAAAAUGGAACCCGUUGACGAAGAACAAGAACUAUCGGACAUGGUUCCGGAACCGGAAAUCCCGAUUGAACUGGAAGAUAUCCCGAACGAUGUGCUGGAAGAGUUCAUUACUCCCGUAGAGAAAAGCCGCGAGGAAAGGAGGCUGAAAUAUACUGAACAUGUUUCCGUCGACAAAAAACUAGAGAAAAAAGUAAGGAAAAGAAUCGACGGCCUAAUGGAGGAAAGAAACAGAAAGGCAGAAGAGAGAGUUCAGGAGGUACGAAAGAAGUAUGAGGAAAGAGCGAGAAAGAUGGCCAGCAGAACGCUGGAGCGAACGAGAAGGAAAUACAACAGGCUGAUACAGAAUGCCAUCAAAAACUCGGCGAAGAAAGAUAAAAUUAAAAUAAAACACGGCGCUAUAUCUGCACAAGAACAGCAUUCGGAUUCGUUGUUAGAAGCAAACUUCUUCAUCAAGAAGACCAUAGACAACAGAGAUUGUAUUGUAGAUGAACCGGUCAGAGUCAAUAUAGAAGAGCGACUAAGAAAUAUAAACGAAAUUAUGAGAACAGAGAAUAAUUCUUUAUUACAAGAAGGAUAUAUAAUGGGAAACGGAAUAGAUAGUAAAGAAGAACGAAUAGAUAUUAAGGAAAAUGAAAUAGAUCAUAACGAAAAUGAGAAACACGACGAAAAUGAAAAACAUGACGAAAAUGAAAAACACGACGAAAAUGAAAAACGCGACGAAAAUGAAAAACACGACGAAAAUGGUGUAAGCAAUAUUGAAGAGCAGUCUACAAAUGGUAUCGAUGAAAAUGGAAUUAGUACAGUAGAUGGAACAGACACGGACGGACGCGGACGGACAGAAGAAGGAAUAGGUAAAGAUGUGAGGAGAAAAUCUGGAAGAAAUAGGAAAUUAAACUUCAAGUAUAUCGACGAAAGUGGAUCAUUUGCAGGAGACAAACGGGAAGGAAAAGAUUUGGGAAGUAAAUCGGACCAAAACAGGAAAGUGAAGUUUAAUACGCACCAGUGCUAUGUCUGUUUUAAGUUGUAUCAAACCAAAGAGGAGCUUUUAGACCACUGCAAAGAACACUUCGAUCAAUGCGAGAUGCAGACCCUUAAGAAAUGUCCACUCUGCGACUAUUCCACCAAUCUCAGCAUUACCAGACACUUGAAACUAAAACACAAACUCAAAGUCAAAGUUCCAUACGGAUCCUUCAAAGAUAAUAAACAAAAUAAUGGUACAAAAUACUAUUACGAAGUCAACGAUGAAAGAAUAAAGAAAUUAGAAAUAAUACCGAGUAUAAAGAGACUUAAUAAAAGAGAAAGCUGCAAAAUUGAUAAAAGGAAUAAAGAGAAGAAGAACAAAGAUGUACUGAAGAGUAAGCUGGUUAAGAAAGGUAAGGAGUGGGUAGUUAUGCAAGAAAAAGUAAAAAUUAAUUUUAAAGAUUAUUUGCUACCCAAGUUUGAUAAACUUGAAAGUAUAAGUGUUAAAGGUAGGUAUGUAGAUAGACUGAAAGAACUUUAUAAACUAGCAAAGAAGAGUGGUAAUAAAAUGGUGUUCCCUUGCGAUUCUUGUGAUAAAGUUUGUCAAUCGCUCGCCGCUUUGAAAUUACACAGUAGAAAACAUGAAGAAAAUCCGAAACCGUUUAAGAAAAAAGUUUGGAAACAUAAACUUGGAGGAGAUAAUAAUGUUGAUAAGAAAAAAGUAAGGGUAGUCACAAAUUUAGAUAAUCGUACAGCGAAUCCGAAACCAGUAGUAAAUAAGCAUAAAUGCGAUAAAGAACUGAUCGAGUUCUAUAAACAGAAUAUAAAAGGUAGCGAUGUUGAAUUUUGGCAGUUCCUAAAAAUAUAUAACAAAAUGGAACGAGAAAAUAUCAAUGAUUUUGAGGAUUUGCAAAAAAGUACGCAUUUUGGACUACAUUGUAAUGAACCGAUAGAAAAUACUAGUGAUUGCAAUCAACCUAAUGAUUCUUUCAAUAAUGGUUUGAGGGAAGAAAAUAGUAAUAUUAGGAACAGAACUGUCAAAAAUACUGUAAAAAAUGCUUUUACAAGAGUAGUAAGACUAAGCAAACGUGAAGCGAUGAAAAGGGAUGAAGCUAGGAAAAAAUUGAGAGAAAAAAUAAAUUGUAAUAGCUAA